UCACAGUUUUCUCUCUCCUCAUCUCAUGGCCGGCAGAGGAGGCGGUGGCGGUGGUCGCAAGACCCUGCUUGCUCCCAUCCAUUUCAUCUUCCGACUGCUGCAGCAGCGCUCGACGGUGUCUAUCUGGCUGUACGAGCAGCUGGCCUUCCGGAUAGAAGGGAAAAUCAGGGGAUUCGACGAAUUUAUGAACCUGGUGAUUGACGACGCGGUGGAGGUGCGACUGGCUACGAAGACCGAGGAGGAGAAGCGGAGAAACCUUGGCCAAAUCUUGCUCAAGGGAGACAACGUGUCGCUGAUCCAAGCCGUCCAGUCCUGAGGAUGGGUUUACGGGUGUUUGGUGGUCUACAACUGGGAGGGAGUUCAUAAUACAUCGGAGCAAAUGAGAUGACUUUCUUUUCUCUCUCUCUCUCUCUCUUAAAACUCGGGACAAAAAAAAGAGG